GCCGAAGAUUUAGGGUUCGGGGCGGGCGGCAGCUAGGGCUGUUUCGUCCUCCUCUGUGCCGUGAAGACUGUAGGGAGAAUUCACCCAUCCCACAGAACCAGGGAAAGGUCCCCUCAAGGCGAGGCGCAUACUGCCGCUGAGCAUGCAGGUAUUGUCAAAGCACAGUCUGCUGUCUCCUUUGCUUAGUGUGACAUCGUUCAGACGCUUCUACAGAGGUGACAGCCCAACAGAUUCUCAAAAAGACAUGAUUGAAAUCCCUUUGCCUCCGUGGCAGGAGAGAACGGAUGAAUCCAUAGAAACCAAAAGAGCCCGCUUACUGUAUGAGAGCAGAAAGAGGGGGAUGCUGGAGAACUGCAUUCUCCUGAGCCUCUUUGCUAAAGAAUAUCUGCACAACAUGACAGAGAAGCAGCUGAACCUCUACGAUCGUCUGAUUAAUGAGCCUAGCAAUGACUGGGACAUUUACUACUGGGCCACAGAAGCAAAACCAGCUCCAGAAAUAUUUGAAAAUGAAGUCAUGGAACUACUGAGAGAAUUCACCAAAAACAAAAACAAAGAGCAGAGACUGCGUGCCCCAGAUCUGGAAUAUCUCUUUGAAAAGCCUCGUUAAGCCGGGUGCCACUGCCUGUUGUGGUGGUCAUUAUAUGGAUAGAAACUGCUUCUGGUACUGACCUUGGCUUCCUGCUUCUCCUUAGACACUUGAACCUCUCCCAGGACAGACAUGUAAUGUGUAAGAUGACUAACCUGUGCUUGUCUGUAAAACCCAAGUCAGACCCCUUACCUGGCUGCUAUGUGCUGUGCUGCAGGUCUGCCACAAGAGGGCACUGUAGGGAAGCGAGUCCACUGCCUCAGCGCCAACAAUGCAAAAGACGCUGCUGCUGUAGGAAGAGCUGACCCCAUCCUCCUCCACCCAGUGGCCCUGGACUUUUUUAAGAUAAAACCACCCCAACCUGAUAGUUCCACCAAAGAAUGUCGAUCCAGGCCUCUAAACUGAGCCCAUCAAAGGUACAGCAAGCUGAAUGAGGGCACCAAAGCAGGAAUAUUGUAGGCAUACUGCUUAAGUCAACAUCCUCAUCAGCUUUUCACAACAUACAUGUUUUGAACUGAAAGAUAGUUGAAUGUUGAAGACUAUCGAGAAGAAAAUCGACAGUUCACUAACCCUCCCAGUUAUCUUCAUUUUUGUCUGAUUCUCUGCUACCUAUAGUCCUAUAAUGGGGUUUUACAAGCUUAUAGUCAUAAGUUUUCUGACUUUCUGCUAUUGUGGCAAACUUUCCUCUCAUUCUGACAGCCUUCAAAUUAUUUUAGUUGACCAAAUAAUAAUGGCAUAUAAGAAGUAACAUAUUAACUGUGUCAUAGGUCCUACCCUCGGGGAACUGAGGUAGGAACAGCACUAAGAAUUUGAAGCUAGCCUAGACCACGCUGCAGAGUGAGGCAGCUCAGAGAGCUGUGCACUCGUGAAGGAUUCUUUGUGCAGGAGCUCUGGCUGGGAUGUGAAGGUGCUGGCUGGAGAGAAAACUGGCCAGCACUGAGAGACUUGGGUGGGUAACUACAGGAGCUAUAGGAAAACAGGGGAAAGAUGCCUGUCCAGGGAGGGAAGAGGGGAACCAGCCUUCACUUACCUCAGAGCACUCCCACAGACAGAUAGCAUUAGGCCUGUUUAUGGACAAGAGAUUGCCUUGGAAGGAGUCAGUAAUACAGCCAUGAUCAAAAACCAGAAUUUGGGCCUGGAGAGAUGGCUCGGUGGUUAAGAGCAAUGGCUGGCUGUUCUUCCAGAGGACCUGGGUUCAAUUUCUAGUACCUACAAAGCAGCUCACAAUGGUCUGUAGCUCCAUUUCAGAGGAUCUGACACAGACACAGAAACACCAAUGAACAUAAAAAUAUAAACAUAAAAAAGUAAAUAAAAAGAUGAAAGCUGGAA